GAAAACAAGCUGAUAUACACUCACUAAUAAUAAACACCAUGAAAGAAGCAGCCCUCUUCGUCUUAGGCUUUAUUUCCCUUUUAGCCUUCUCAUGUUCCGAAAUAGUGCUGGACCGGGAUGGCGACCGGGUAGUCUCCGGUAGCCCAUACUUUCUUGGCGCAAUUCGAUGGUAUCCCGUACAUAACUAUGAACGCGGAAUAACCCUCGGCGCAACCGGGAAACAGGUAGACCCGGUUACCAUCCAAGUUGACGAUUCCAUAUCCUACUUCGACGGCAUCCCAGUGAGCUUCUCCAUCGUUGGAACACCAGAUCCCGGUGUACCAAUCGCCACCGAAUCUCCGGUAGAGAUCAAGUUCACAGGCAUAAACACACCGAUCUCAACAACGUGGAUGGCGUUCGUUAACAGCGAGAUUCAAAGCUUGAGCGUGGGAAUUGGAGGUCCUGAAGAACACCCUGGGGAACCAACAAUUGUAAGCACGUUUAGUAUCCAGAAAGACACAAUUUCAUACAUCCUUAGGUACAGUGUACCAACUCCUGGAGUAGGGAAUGGAAUAAACUACCUUUUUGGAAACGUUACGGAUUUCAAACAAGGUGAGAGCCCUCUGGUUCUCACUCAGGACUUCCCCACCUUACACUUUGAUAUCUUCAAAGAUAGAUCUGGUCCCACUCAUACUGUGGUUUGAAUGAGUAGAGUCAGUUACUAUGGAAGCUAAGCAAAACCUCAUCAUAAUCAUCAACAUAUGUAUGUAACUAAUAAGUGUGCUUCCCAGGUAGCUAGUGAAUGGCUCUGUAUGUAAGUGUAUGCAUGUG